AUGGCGCAUGCCGGCGAGCGCAUCGAGCUUGAGCGCGCUUUCUCUGGGGCGACCGUUCAUGACAUGUUCAACAUGCUUAGCGUCGCUGUCCUGCUGCCGGAGGAGGUCAUCCUCGGUGCCAUCACUGGAGAGGGUGGCCUUCUGUUCUACAUCUCCAAGGGAAUCACAGACGCUGCCAUGGGUGGCGGUGGCGGUGACAUCACCUUCACAUCGCCUACGAAGUUCAUUGUCAGCCCGUUGACGGAUGUCUUCGUGGAUCCGAACAAGGACGUCACCAAAUCCCUGUCCCUGGGUGCACCGAAGGCCACCGCUAUGCCAGCGGGAGUGACUGGCUGCCCUACCGACAUGGACUGCAGCAACUACUUUUGCGUUUCUUCAGCCAUGAGCAAGAACUGGAAGAAG